AUGCGUAAAAUUUGGUUAGUUAAUUGGGAUGCAGGGAUUGACGAUCUGAGUCAAUUUCCAGUAAAACAAAGGAGGACGGAAACAAUGGCCACAGCUGAGAAGAAGCCUCAUGUCAUCUUUAUCCCAUUUCCAGCACAAAGCCAUGUAAAGGCCAUGCUCAAACUAGCAGAGCUUCUUCAUCACAAGGGACUCCGAAUAACCUUCGUCAAUACAGAGUUCGUUCACAAGCGUUUGCUCAAGUCCGCUGGUCCACACUACCUCAGCGCCUCACCUGAUUUCCAUCUUGAAACAAUUCCCGACGGCAUUCCUCGCAGUUCUGAAGAUGACAGUGAUCACUCAGAGCUACUUCUGCAUUACGUGGAAACGAAUUUCUUGGCUCCUUUUCUCGAGCUUGCAACCAAGCUUCCUACUCCUCCCACUUGUAUCAUCUCGGAUGGCUUCAUGUCAACUUUCCCCAUUGAUGCUGCACAAAAGCUUGAAAUCCCUAUCAUGCUCUAUUGGACGCUUUCUGCUUGUGGAUUCAUGGGGUUUCACCAGAUCCAAUCUCUCAUCGACAAAGGACUUACUCCAGUUCAAGAUGAAAGUUACUUGACAAACGGGUUUUUAGAAACCAUUAUUGAUUGGAUUCCGGGGAUGAAAAGUAUCCGACUAAAGGAUCUGCCAACCACUGUUUGGACCACGGACCCCAACGACAAACCUUUCACAUUUCUUGUUGAAGCUACAAAAAAUUCCAACAGGGUUUCAAAUAUUAUCCUUCACACAUUUGAUGAGUUGGAGGAUAGUAUUGUCAAAGCUCUCUCAUCAAUGUUUCACCAUGUUUACACGAUUGGUCCGGUGCAAUUACUGCUUGAUCAGACAACGGAACAUGCAGAAAYGCCGAAUGUCAAUGGAUACAGCUUAUGGAAAGAAGAACCAGACUGCUUCAAGUGGCUCGAAUCUAAGGAGCCAAACUCUGUCAUUUACGUGAAUUAUGGGAGUACAACAGUAAUGUCUUUAGAGGAGCUGAUAGAAUUUGGGUGGGGACUUGCUGAUAGCAACCACUAUUUCCUUUGGAUACUCAGAUCUAACUUGGUUGUAGGAGAUCAAUCUGCAGUUUUGCCUCCUGAACUUGAGGAGCAGAUAAAAAGAAGAGGUUUUAUAGCAAGCUGGUGUUCACAGGAAAAGGUCCUAAAUCACACGUCUAUUGGAGGGUUCCUGACCCACGGUGGAUGGGGUUCAACCAUUGAGAGCUUGUCGGCUGGGGUGCCAAUGAUAUGUUGGCCUUAUUUGUGGGAUCAGACGACCAAUUGUAGGUUUAUAUGCAAGGAAUGGGAUGUUGGAUUAGAGAUGGGGAAGAAUGUGAAAAGGGAUGAAGUUAAAAAGCUGGUGCAGGAGUUGAUGGGAGAAGGAGGUCAGAGAAUGAGAAACAAGGCCAUGGAGUGGAAGGAAAAGGCAAAAAUGGCUACAUCUCCCAAUGGUUCAUCUUUCUUGAAUGUGGAGAACCUUGUCAAGGAAAUCACCAUGCUAUCAACAAAGUAGAGAUAUCUCGUAUGUUUAUGUUACUUAAGAAAAAGAAUGCAACAAUAAUAUUGUACACACCCAAACAUUCGAGUCUGAAAACCCAACACGUAUUAUUGAUUUAUAUGUGUUCAGACCAAAACCAAGUAGUCUAAAGUCAUCGAAUAUUGGCGUGUUAGUUAAUUAUAGGUGCAUGUUUGUGAGAACAUGCUUCUUUUAUUCACGAACUAGUUACGUACUUAUUUCGUCUUGUGUAAAUGGUACUUGUUUCCAUGGCUCACCUUUUGUCCUUCUU